AUGGGCUGCUGUAGUAGCAGUAAUGAAGAAGAUGUUAAAAAACCAGAAAAUUCCCGAUUAAGACGAAAAUCAAAAGGAGAAAUCAGCAUAAAAGCUAAAGAUUUUGUCAAAUUCCAUGAAGAAAAAAUCAUAAAAAAUUAUGAGCUUGGCAAAACACUAUGGGACGGUGGGUUUUAUGAAGUGAGAUUAGGAACGGAAAAAAAAACUGGGGCACAAAGAGCUGUAAAGUCUAUUCUUCUUGGGACCAAAGAUAGUCAUGAUAUUGAUAAGCUAUUAGAAGAGGUUGAAGUACUGAAGAAACUAGAUCAUCCAAAUAUAAUUAAAGUAUAUGAGGUUUAUCAUGAUCAACUGUAUUUACAUAUAGUCACAGAACUGUGCUUAGGAGGAGAGCUGUUUGAAAAAAUGGGCCAAAUGCUAUAUUUUUCUGAAAUUCAAGCUGCCAAAUUUAUGAAAGAAAUCUUAUCUGCUGUUAAUCAUUGCCAUUCAGUUGGUGUGGUCCAUGGAGAUUUAAGGCCUGAAAAUAUAUUAUUUGAAAAUGAUAGUCCAGACGCAAAGCUAAAAUUGGUUGGAUUUAAACAGUCACAAUUUAUAAAGCCAAAUGAAAAGCUAACAAAAUUUACUGGGACUUCUUAUUUCACAGCUCCGGAAGUGAUUUCUGGCAGCUAUGACAAUAAAUGUGAUAUCUGAAGCUUAGGCAUCCUUUUAUAUAUAAUGCUCUCAGGCUUAGUCCCGUACAAAGCUAAAUCAGAGCGAUCCUUAUAUGAAAAAAUCCAAGAAAAGCCUAUUUCUUUCAAAGACCCAGCUUGGGAUAGCAUAUCAAAAGAAGCCAAAAACCUUAUAAAAUGGAUGCUAAAUAAAAAACCUUUAAAACGGCCUAGCAUUGACGAAAUUUUAGAACAUGAAUGGAUUAAGCAAAAAUCCCAAAAUGCCACUGAAGAUAGUCCAACGAUAUCCCGAUCCUUAAUUAACUUACUCCCUCCUCCGUGAGUGACAAAAAAUUUUCUUCGCUCGCGGAGAGGGAUUUAUAUAAAAAUAAAUAGUAAAUUUUUAUUUCGAAAUCUAAAAAAAAAUCCAUAUCGAAAAUAAUUUUAAAGCAAAUUUGGUCUUAAAAUUCAAGCCAUUUUUAAAUUAAACAGAAUUAAUUAGAGAUAUCAUUAUAAUAAAUAUCGUUUUAAUAUAUCAAAAAAUUUUUAUUAAAAGUUUUAUAUUAACAAUGUUUUUAUAAUAAUAAUAAUCAAAAAAAAUAAGGAUUUUUCCAAUGGCGUUGUCCACUCACGAGGGUAGUGAGUUAGCAGCUUUUAAUAUCAGCAAUAAGCUCCAAAAAGCGACAUUGACGUUUAUAGUUUCACAUUUAUCAACUAACGCCGAAAUAGCCCAGCUUAGGUCGAUUUUUCAGUCACUUGAUGAAAAUGGAGAUGGAAAACUAAGUGAAGAGGAGCUGAAAAAAGGCUUUAAAAAAGUCCAUCAGGUGAUAAAGAUGGACCUCCACGAGCUAAUGGCGAAGUGUGACUUAGACAACAAUGGGUAUAUAGAAUACACAGAGUUUUUGACUGCAGCUAUGGAUUGGAGGAAAAGUUUAAAUAAAGAAAAGCUUUACAACGUUUUUAAAAUUUAUGAUAAUGAUAACAAUGGAAAAAUAUCGCUGGACGACUUAAAAGAGUCUUUAGGAGGAAAUGAAAGAAACCACUAUGAUUUUAUAAAAAUUCUCAAAGAAGCAGACAUUAAUGGAGACGGAGAAAUCGAUUUUGAUGAAUUUGCUGAGCUUAUGCUAAAUAAACUGUCAGAGAAAGAGGAAAGCGAACCAAAUCGAAUUUAA